AUGGAGUUUAAUGAUGAUGAUGAUGAAAGUAACUCUAAUGUAGACACUCUAUCUGCUAACAGUACAUGUGUCUAUGGAUGUAUAAGAAACAUUCCAAUCGAAGAUUCAGCAUUGCAGCAAGUGGGCCUCUAUAUGACCAUUGUCUUUGCCAAUGCUGUCGUCUCAGCGUGUAUCGGACUCUCCGGCUUCCUGCUCAACGUCAUCAACAUCGCGGUCUUCGUGAAAAUGGGCUUCGGGGAGUUCACCAACGUCUCCUUACUCAGCCUUGCGGUGGCCGAUGCUGGGGCGCUCCUGUUUCUCUCCGCGAACGUUAUUCUGUACAGCCCACUGACGCCUCAGGCUAGUGACAAGGAGUUGAUGGUCUAUUUGGCAGUGACCACCCCGCACGUUUGCUUUGCAGAGAUCUCUGGAAUCUGUACUGUCUUUCUGGCAUUGAAGCGCUUCAUCUGCAUCGCCCUACCUCACCGUGUUAAAAGUUUAAUGACGCCAAAGAGAGCCCUUACUGUAAACCUUCUGAUUUUCAUGUAUAUAACUGCCAAUAAGCUACUUGUCUAUAUCGGAUACUUAGGAUAUCUAGUGACUGAUAACGGGUUUAGUAUGAGCAAUGAAACAGAAUCGGUCUUUGGUCAAACAUCGCUAUUCCGAAUUUUCGAUAACGUCUCAACAUUGAUAGACACUUUCACCCAACUUACAACAUUUCCGGCAAUGGUCUUCGUGACAGGGGCGACCAUUCAUAUAUUUAACAAAAGUGUGAAGUGGAGACGUGGGGUUACCUCCCCUGGUUUAGGCAACGCGAUUUCCAACAAAGAGAAGAAACUGUCCAAAAUGGUGAUACUUAUAUCUGUGGUGUACAUUGUCUGCUUGAUUCCGGCCUUUUUGGCCACGCUGGUCAUGCUGUGGUUAGAGUCGUUUAGUAUGACCAGUAAAUACUAUUUCAUGUUUAUGGUCAUAUUUUCUGUGCUGUUUAACAUCGACGCCAUCAAUUCAACGUUACCUUUCUUUAUCUACGUUCACAUGAGCAGUAAGUUCAGAAAAACUCUCAAGUUUUGGUUUCUUCAGAGCUCUUCAAUCUCAUCAUUCCUUGGAGAACGAAAUACCAACACAACGAAAACAUCUCAAGAUUAA